AUGACUGUAUCAACCAGAAACACCCAGCAACAACCAGCAACACCCAAACUGAAGCAACCGGCAACACGCAGACUGAAGCAACCGGCAACACCCAGCAACAACCAGCAACUACCAGUAACAACCAGCAACACCCAGACUGAAGCAACCGGCAACACCCAGCAACAACCAGCAACAUUUAGCAACAACCAGCAACAACCAGAAACAUACAGCAACAACCAGCAACAACCAGCAGAAACUACGAACAACCAACAGCAACCAGCAGCAACCAGCAACACCCAGACUGAAGCAACCAGCAACACCCAGCAACACACAGCAACAACCAGCAACAACCAGCAGCAACUAGCAACAACCAACAGCAACCAGCAACAACUACCAACAACCAGCAACAACAACCAACAACCAACAACCAGCAGCAACUACCAACAACCAACAACCAGCAGCAACCAGCAACAACUACCAACAGCAACCAGCAGCAACCAGCAACAACUACCAACAACAACCAGCAACAACAACCAACAACAACCAAACCAGCAGCAACUGCCAACAACCAACAACCAGCAGCAACUACCAACAACCAGCAACAACAACCAACAACCAAACCAGCAGCAACUACCAACAACUACCAACAACCAGCAACAACAACCAACAACCAGCAACAACUACCAACAACCAGCAACAACAACCAACAACCAACAACAACAACCAACAACCAGCAGCAACUACCAACAACCAGCAACAACUACCAACAACCAGCAACAACAACCAACAACCAACAACAACAACCAACAACCAGCAGCAACUACCAACAACCAGCAACAACUACCAACAACCAGCAGCAACUACCAACAACCAGCAACAACUACCAACAACCAGCAACAACUACCAACAACUACCAACAACCAGCAGCAAUCAGCAACUGAUUACUCAGUAAUAUGUAAUCCAUUACUCCCCAGUCCUGAACAUAAAGUAUUUGCAUUUCGGGACAUCAAGCAAAACUUUCCAUGUCAGGGCGGAAACCGAACAAGCAACCAGCACACACCUGAUUCCACAACAGGGCAAGACCGGGGAGGAGUUACCUGCCGCUAUAAGAUCAAACCUCCUCCGCCCCCGAGCACAUUCGAUACACAAAGGCAGCCAUGGCAAACUUCCUCAACCAGCUGGGCAACCAGGGCAUCGCAGAGGUUGUCGGAAAGAAAGCGGGCGAAGUGGUGGAGAACACGGUGAAGAGUGUUCUUGGGAAAAGUGAAGAGAACAAGGAGGAGGGGAAGUCAGGAGGAUUCGAUGCAGGAGACGUCCUCUCACUGGUCGGCGGUAAAAAAGACGACAACAAGGGAGGAUUCGAUGCAGGAGACGUCCUCUCACUGGUCGGCGGUGGCAGUAAGGGAGAAGAAGGAGGAGGCCUGGAUGUGAAGAACGUUGUUGGAGGACUCUUUAAGUAGGAACCCUGCAGACCUCAUCCCGACUUUCAGCUUCAGUCCAUCAAACCUGCAAAAGCUGCAGCGAAAAUGUUGAACAUAAAGUCUUUAAAAAUGAUAUAAAUAUAAACGUGUUUAAUUGUUUAAUUAAAUGUAAAUAACUGAAUUCAUGGCUGGUUGACAAUGUUCAUGUUUUCUUUACUGAACCAUGGAAAGGAAGGGUUCAUCUGAUGACCUCUGUUCAUUAAACAUUAAUAAACUGGGUUAUUAUUAAAGUUAUUGUCAUAAAUUAAAUGUAUUAAAUGCUAAUCGAAUGCAGAUUGUAAUAAAACUAGUUUGACACCA